AUGGGUCCGGAACCGAUCGGAGAUUGUUUCAAUGGAGAAGAGGAUGCAACAGUUCCUACACGACAAUGGAGGUCUUUGAUACAGGGUACGAUUAGUGCUUUGGGAUACCUUGAGAACGGUGUUUAUUAUCAAGAACCAGAUUGUUACGAAACUAUACGUGACUUGAUUCGAUUCCUUCGGACCGACAGUAAAGUGUUGCUGGCUCGGAAGAUUUGUGGAGAGCGUAACAUUAUCGAAAAUGAUCUCAUACCUAUCAUCAAGUCAGAAAAUCCUCAAGGACAACAUAGUAUUUCAAGAAUUGUUGGCGAAUGCCUCACUCAAACGCGGCAGAUAGUGAGCCUCAAGGAAAGGCAACACCAGAAGAUCGCGAUGAAUGGCAGUCUUAUUGGAUUUUGGAGGAAAAUCUCCGACGUGGCUAAACUCGCCUUCGCUGACGUAAAAUUCUUCACCGCUCUGAAGAAAAGGCUUGAAAAGUAUUUUAUAGAAACGAGAACCGUCGCUGAGUCCAAUAGCCACGAUAGGGUGAUUACGGCUUUUCUGGACUCCGGAAUAGAUAAGGUACUGACAAAUAUCGCGACGCAGUCAAAGGAGCAAGAAUUUCACUUAUCCAUUAUGGUCAUUUUUGCGCUUAUUCUCAAGGAACAUGAGGCCCUCACACCUCGUGCCACUUCUGCAGUUGAGCAACUUGUCUCUAUUAAAAGUUUCGCUCAGAAACCAGCUGACAUCGUUUCUGCUGGACGAGGUAGAACUGAAGCUGAGAAGGAGCAGGCUGAAGAAGAAUUGCGACAAAUACUAGAAGCUGAGAAAGCAAAGCUUGCAGCUCAAAGGAGAAAGAUACUGUCAAGCAGACAUUCGAGGUUUCAUGGUACGUACGUCGUUAAAGGAUUGUCUGGUGUCAACAAGGACAAAGACCUCCUUGUUUUCAAGCCAAUAAAUGAUGUGAGUGACUUGUCGUUUCAAGCUGAGCGCAAAAAUCAGAAGGCUAUUCCGAAGAAUAGACGACCUUUCAAUGCUGAGCUGAAAACACAUCUAUCCUCAAUGGAUCUUCGAAUAAAGCUGAAGAAGUUUCUUGAAGAAGACCUACUAACGUGUUUCAACCGUUUGAUGAAGAGUACUAAAGAAAUGGUAUCUUCAUGUCUUCCUGUUGAAUCUUUUCAUCACAUCCAAGUGCACCUUGAUAAUUACCUCGAAAGUGCGGCAACCUUGCAGAAGGAGGCCAAGAGUUAUGGUCUACGUGCGCAGCAUGCUUUGUCGGCCUACAAGGAGCUAAUUCUGUUCCAUCUUCACCUUCUCGAUAAGGGAUCCAAAGAGGAAAAAGAUUUCGCAAAACGAACAUGCUUCCAUAUCCUAACUGUUGAAGAAUAUCGGGAAAUGGGAUUUGUGCUCAUCAGAAAGUACAAGCCCAGUUUCCUAUCGAAAACCUUCUUGCGAGAACUGGUCCUAGCAAUUCACUACUACUUCCAUCUUCUUGAGCGGAGUGUAAAGGCAGGACAGCUCACGACAGUGACGAAAAGAAGCAAAAUUAGGCGCGCUACUGCCCGAAGAAAAAAGACGGCAGCGGAUGCAUUUGGCCCUGAGCCGCUACCAGCCGUAGUGGAUGAUAUGGACGCGGAAGAUUUGGAGAAGAAGUGGACUCAAAUCACCGAUGAGAUUAAAGACAUCAUUCUGGGCAAUGUGGAGCCUUCAGCCGAUCAGUUCCCCGUCAACACACUUUUGGAUGUUCAAGAAGAGCAGAAUCAAAAAUUCGCUAUGUUGAAAAUCCAACGAGCUCUGCGUGAAUGUCGUGCCAAGGAUGCCAUGGGGCUUUAUCGUGCCUCGAGAGCCAUGUGGCCGGAUGAUGGCAUUUUUGGAGAUCCUGGCAACAGUGCUGAUAAGCAGCUUGAGGAAAUCCGUGACAUAUUCUUCACCGAUUUGAAGGAGGUAGCCGAUGAACUCCUUAAAGCUGAGAAAGCCGCUCAAAAGAAGUUCACUGCUGACUCCAUGAUAGACGACGGGAAUGAGGAGGACCCGUAUACUAGCGACGAAGAAGAAGAAGCUAGAUACGAGACCAAGGAGGUGAAAUUCGAUCUUGAAGAAUACGUCGCCUUUUAUGCUCGGACCGAUGUUUUGCGGUGGUAUGUUUUCUUGCUGAAUGAUUUUGACAGCAAUUCUGUCGAAGUGAAUAUGGCUUUACUGAAGCUUCUUCAUCGCGUGGCUUUUGACUUGAAGAUGCCAGUCGUCUCUAUAGCCGCAGGCCAAUGCACCCCGCACAGCAAGGACGGGGAUCCAUCAAGGUGCCCGAUGGCAGACGCUCGGCGGAGUCGGAUAAUAUUGCGGCUUUUCUGCAGAGUUAGCCUUCUUAUUAUGAUAAACAGGAGGAAGCGCGACAAUGAGUUGUCCUUGUUUCGAAUUUUCGCCGAGGUGAACGAACGUUUGGAAGGCUUAACACUGGAGGAAAUGAAGAGACAUCCACUAUUUGAGUUGUACAGUUUCGGCUAUCAUCUGCUGAAACGCUUCUUCUUGUGCUAUGAAAAGUGUGGAGAGAAGCUUGCGCCCGAGAUUCUUUUCUGGAAAGGUCCCAAGGAAUGUUAUGAAAUUGAGAACGGGAGCGGGUUACGAGUGAGCGAGGAAGAAUCGAAGAAUCAAAAAGACGCUUAUUCAUGGAGUGAAGAACUGGAGAAUGAGCUCCGUUCACUUUAUAACGAAUACCGGGACAUGGAUGAGAGACCUGAAGGAAUGGACGUGCUUGAUUUUAUCGAGCCAAAUCUUAGUCGCCCGCGGACUCGUAAACAGAUUCUGAAGAAGAUGAAGGAGUUCGCUCUAGAUCCGCUUGGAGCAAAAGCUAAUAAAGGAUCGAUAAUGGAUCGCAAUUUCCCGAUUAUUAGAGCAAAGGAGCUUAUUGAGCAGUACAAUGCGUUGCCAGAGAAAAAUGAAGACAUGGUUGACUUCAUACGCACCAACUUGGCUGAAACCCAUGGUGAAUUCUCUAGGCAGAAGAUUAUCAAGCAGAUCAGUUAUCUGGGAAUUGUUUACGAGAAAAAGAAGCCAGUGUAA